UUAUCAUCAACACAAAAACUGAUAGUAGAACAAGAUUGAAAGCUUUAAAAAUGGAGACAACACUGGGUUUUUGUUACAACAAUAAAACCCUAGAUUUCAUGACGACGCCGUUUUGCUUUCGGUCUUUAGUAGCAACUCCUCCUCCAUUUCGUCUUCAACAAUCAUUUUUACUUCAUUUCAACAAAAAAUUCAAUUCCUCCCCCUUUUGUUCCCUAUCUGAAAGUACAAGUACAAGUAAGGAGUGUUUGGUUAAUAAUGAAAGAAUUGGUGUGGUGGGAAGUAAAGUGACUCAUGAGAGGGGUAAAUUUCUUCAAGUUGUUUUGGUUUCACCUCAGAUUCCCGGAAAUACGGGCUGCAUUGCUAGAAGUUGUGCAGCAUCAGGUGUUGGGUUGCACCUAGUUGAGCCACUUGGAUUUGAGGUGGACGAUACAAAGCUAAAGCGAGCCGGACUUGAUUACUGGCCAUAUGUAGUCGUUAAAGUGCACCGCUCAUGGGCAGAUUUCCGUGACUACUUCAAGGAACAGAAUGGUGAAAAAAGGCUGCUGGCAUUUACCAAAAGAGGGACAAACAUUCAUUCUGACUUUUCAUACAGGAGAGGGGACUGGCUCGUGUUUGGGUCGGAGACCACUGGGCUACCACCCGAGGCUUUACAUGACUGCAUAAAUGAACCACUUGGUGGUGGUACACUUAAAAUUCCAAUGGUAGAAACAUAUGUAAGAUGUCUGAAUCUAUCAGUUAGUGUUGGCAUUGGUUUGUAUGAAGCUUCAAGACAACUAAACUAUGAGCAGUUAGAAUCCCAUAAUGAACCCUGUAACCUUGCUCAAAAUUUAUCUUUUACAGAAGAUGUAUUUGCUUAAAUUCCAUAAAUUUCACAUGUUAGAUCAGUCUCGUGUAAAAGGCAGUUUGUGUUUUUGCA